AUGCCUACCGAAGAGAUUUUCGCGCAGUCCCCCCCCUUCCCCAACGAUGUUCCAACAGCUGAAAUCCCUAUAAUCUCAUACAAAGCCCUGCAGAGCAAUUCCUCUUCUGAAUCGGAUAGGCUCUUCGAUUCUUGUAGAGAGCAUGGUGUUUUCUUGCUUAACCUGCGUGGUUCUGAGGAAGGAGAGGCACUUCUGAAAGAUGCUGAAUCCAUGUUCAAGAUUAGCAACGCCACUUUUGAUCUUGAGCAGAAUGAGCUCAUGAAAUACGUCAGCGAUCCUCCUCGGGAUCUCAGAGGCUACAAACCAGUUGGAACUUUGAAGACUGGCGAUGGCAAAUUCGAUGCCAUUGAAGUUUACAACGUCAACCAGGACGACGCACUGGGUCUUGAGCCAAAUCCAAAGCCCGAUCCUUAUCCAUUUGUUGAAAAAAAAUCUUCAAUUCAGUCAUUUUUCCGCCGUGCACACUCUGGGAUCUGCGCUGUAUUUUCUCAUCUCGACAAUCACCUUGGACUCCCGUCUGGAACCCUAGCUUCUACUUGCCCAAUUGAUAAGCGCUCAGAUACAUCCCUUCGCAUGGUAUACACACGCCCCCAACCCGUUGUUGACCACCGUGUUGCCUUCGCGAGUCAUACCGACGUCGGCUUGAUAACCAUGCUGUUCAAUGUUGUUGGCGGCCUUCAAAUCCUCCCUGCAGGCGUCGAAAACAAGAAUGAGAAUUGGUUAUACAUAAAGCCACAGCCGGGCUGUGCAGUGAUCAAUUUGGGCGACACUUUGGUCGAGCGUACUGGCGGUGUCUUACGUAGUGCUUUGCAUAGAGUCAUAACACCUCCCGGUGAGCAGGGAAUGCAUGUCAGGAGGAGCUUAGCAUAUUUGGUCCGGUGCGAGAAUGAUGGGAGUAUGAAAAGGUUCAAGGGCAGCGGCAUUCCAGCCUUGGCGAAAGAGGAGGCUGAUCAGUCGAAAACCGUACGAGAGUGGGGUGAGUGGAGGAUCAGACAGAUCAUGAACGGGGACUUAAAGCCGCAAACAAUGGGGGGAAAAGCAUUCGUCGGGGCGCCUGCUAUCAGUGUAUAA